AUGGCCCCCCCGGACCCUAGCCAUGGGGGUAUCUCGCAUUAUGAGAUUCUCGGCCUCCCUCAUCCUCCAGUUUCGUUGAGGAAGCAAGACAUCAAGGCGGCCUACCACCGCGCUUUACUCCAGUAUCACCCGGAUAAAUCUAGCCCGUCAAUACCAUUAUCCUCACCGGGAGAAGAUAUAGGAAAGCAGAAUAGCCUACCUGGCACACUAAAUACCCCUAAAUCCGCAGAGCCUCGUACCGUGGACCAGAUUACAACUGCCUAUAAGGUUCUUUCCAGCCCAGCAGCAAAAGCUGAAUAUGAUCAGUUUCUUCUGCUAUCGGGAAUUCCAAGGACUAGAUCAAAUAUUGGGAGGAACGAGAAUGAUGACGUGGUUUUCCGCACUGGUUUAGAGGUACUUGACCUUGACGAUAUGGCCACAGAGACAGUUUCAUGUCAGUCUGAUGGGAGCGGAGGGCAAGAGACCAUUGAAACGUGGUAUCGAGGUUGUCGAUGUGGCGACGAAAAAGGAUUUAUGGUUACCGAGGAAGAUUUGGAGAAGGAAGUAGAGAAAGGAGAGGUUAUUAUAGGCUGCCGGGGAUGUAGCCUGUGGGCUAAGGUGGUGUUUGCUGUGGGUGAAGACAUUGAUGGAUAA